GCCAAUGAAAUACUGUAGCACUCGACACAUACCCAUAGUUUCACCAAUAAAGCUCGAAGUUUGAUGAUAUAUAAUUAGGGACCAAACCACAAAAACUACACAGAGAGAAACAAAGAAAAAUGGAGAUACAGCAAUCUUGGAGAUUAAGAUUAUCUUUCAAGAAUGCGACCAUAGCUUUGAAUAUCUUCAAUCUCUUUGUUGCUCUCUUCUUGCUUCAACGUUUUCUUUCUUCUUCUUCCUCUCGUGCCAGAUCAUCUUCUAAUCAACCCAAUUCAGUCAGCUUCGAUUACGUUAAGGAAGCUGAAGAUAUGCGCAUUGCCAUGCAACCUUUCAAGCUGAUAGAAAGAGUUAAGGAGAUUCAGCAGAAAGUAUACACUGAUCCCGAAACAAUCCAACCUAAAGAUUCAAAGCAGACUGCCGCAGUCGAUCUUUCCAAAAGAUUGCAGGACUUCCGUUCCAUAAAUGAUGCUUCCAGCUUGAAAGCUUUAGAAGAGUGGCGGAAAAGGAAGAUGGAGCGAGCUCGACAAAGGGAGCUGGAGAAAAAUGGAACCCAAGUCACCAAAGAAUAAAGACCGGAACCAGAGGU